CCGGUGCGUGGGCAAGGGCCGGGGGCUGGGCCGGGCGGGUGCGGGAGGCUCCGGCUGGGGCCCGCCGUGAGGGGCACGGCGGCCGAGGGCGUCCCGGCGCGGGGAGGGGCGGUGGCGGCAGCGGGCGGGCAGGUGGGGAUGGCAGCCCCGAGACCCCUGCGGAGGCUGGGCCCCGCCGCCCAGCUCCCUGGGCGCUGUGGGGCCGCUGCCGAGCCCCGGCCCUGGCGGAGCUCGGCCCCAGCACGCCGCGGGCUCGGGCACGCACGGCGGCCGUGAGGGCGAGGCUGCAGGGCAGCCCGCACGGCGCUCCGGCGGGGAUGCCUGCCGCCGAAAAUAGUCCGCCAGUAGCAAACUAGACAAUGAUAAAAUGUUUCCAGCAACAGGAUGAGGAGCAGCGGCCAUAGAUUAAAACACAAGUUUCACCUCAGCAUGAGGAAGAACUUCACACUGAGGGAGGCAGAGACUGGGAGAGCUGUGUGGGGUGGUCAUGGAGUCUCCCUCUCCGGAGACAUUGUAAACCCAGCUGGACGUGUUCCUGUGCUGGUGACCCUGCCUGGGCAGGGGGGUUGGACUGAUCUCCAGAGGUGCCUUUCAUCUCUGACUAUUCUGUGAAAAUUAGAGGACUUGCCUGUUUGAAUUCCAGGUUCACUUGCUGAUGUAAAUGCAAACUUGAGAUUCCUUUUCCAUUAUUAAAGGCAGCUGCAGUGCUCAGCUUGCCUGUGGUGUGCUUCCCUGCCUGGUAAGGCAAGCUAAAGGACAGUAGCAUUGUUAAGUUACGGACUUAUCUGUCUCUCUUCUGUUCAUCUUGGUUGCAUCUGGUACCUUAGAAGACCUCUCAUUCAGUGUUGUUUUUUUUCAAGGCAUGUCAGAGGAUUACAGAUGGAAAAGCCAAGGAAGGUCUUUUAAGUAUUACAGAAUAAAGAAAUAUGGCCUGAAUGGAGUUGUCUGUGCUGUGUAAUGGCUGUGAAGUUUUGUAAUGGCAGAAUCUAGGUCUUCAGGAAUCAAAAGAUCCCAGAUAAGUUUGUCACUCAGUAAAAAUAAGAGGAAAAAAGAAGCAACAAAAAAAGUGGAUGUUGCAGGAACACCAUCUACACCUUCAGCAUCAUCCUCUAUUACUUCCUUUUUUAACAAUGUUCCCCCUGCCAAAGUUAGCUGUCCCAUAUGUGGGCAAUUGGUGCCAAGAUACGGAAUAAAUAAGCACAUGGAUGAAAUAUGUCAGAAAAACCGUGGUGAGAUUGGUGCCACUGAUGCUACACUAAAUCCUUUUAGGAAUAAGAGUCCCCCAGCUGAAAAUCUGAGCAAUAAUUCCAGCUCGUAUUUUUCAAAAAACCUCUUAAAUCUAGAAACAAGUCCUUCUAAAAGUAAUUUAUUGAAAGCAGGAGGGAGUGCAGCAAAACAGACUAGUCCUUAUUUUAGUAAUAGUGGUUCAGUCUUUAGUGUCAACAGUGAAUCCCAGGCUCGAAAAGUUAGAAGAGUCUCCUUGGGAAGCUUGUCUGCCAAGCUGUCCAGAAGACGCUGCCUGCAGGGAGGAAAACAGGUCUUGUAUGAAGAGAUCAACUCUUCACCUCCAGCUGUUCACAGUGCCUGUGGAAGUGCUGCAGCACCUGAUGAUGGUGAUGAGAUUGAUGCUGGGCAGAGUUCUCAGAAAGAAAAUCAGCCUUCUCGGGGAGAGCACCAGGAACAAAAUUUUUCAAAGAGGGAAUCUGAAUUUCAAAACAAAAUAAACAAAUAUGAUGGAGAAGACCUUGUGGAUAUGGUUCAAGUACAGUUACUGGCUGAUAACAUUAAUGACAAAAGGUUCCCAUCUGGUACAAGGAGCACCAAAGCAGAAAGCAGCUCUGAAGGUGGGAUACUUAGUCCUGAUAAAUUUGAAACAUCUCUAGCCAUCCAUACUUCAGCAGAGCUGACCAGUAAUUUGGAAGCUGAGACUCAGCCUCACAUUGAGGUUCCUCCUUCAAAGACAGAAGUGAACCAUGGGACAGAAAAUUGCUUUAACAGGGAUGAUGCAGAGGUACUUCCUGUCGAAGUUCUGGAAGACUUCAAGAAUGACAUGGAAAAGACAGAAUCUCAGGAUUCAACUGGGGACAUUCUAGACAAAAUAGGUGAGGUCCUUUCUGUGCCUGCCUCUCCUGGUCACCCAUACUACCUCCAGAAUUUUUUAGUAGUCCUGCAAGCGGUAUUGCAGAAUGAAGAUGAUGUCAGACUAUUUAAUGAAGAAGAUUUGACCAUUAUAACCAAGUUCUACAAAUUAUCAGCUGGUGGGCAGAAAUUGUAUGUGAGACUUUUUCAACGCAAGCUGAACUGGUUAAAAGUGAACAAAAUAGAGUAUGGGGAGAUAAGUGUGGAUUUGUCACCAAUAAUUGAAGAACUGGCUGAAGCCAGAUUCCUACAAACAGAAUCUGAAUUGGAAGACCUGUGUGAAGGGUUGGAUUUGCUUUCAGCCCCUGAGCUAAAAACACUGGCAAAAAUCUUUCACUUGCCAAACCCAAAUGGUCAGAAACAGCAACUGGUGGAUGAUCUUCUGAAGUUGUCAAAGCAGCGCUCAAUCUUCAGCAGGAGUCAGGCUGGUAUUGGGACAGUGAUUUUAAAAAGGGUGAAGAACCUGGCUGGAAAAUGUGUCAGGGUCUGUAGAGGUGCUCGGGCUGUCUUUUCCCGAAUCCUGCUGCUGUUUUCACUGCCUGAGUCGCUGGAGGAGGAUGAAGCUGGCAGUGCUGGCCAAGGCCUCCUCUCCACAGUCCUUAGGGCAAACAUGGGCCACAUGGUAUUCCCCAGUUACACAGUAAACAGGAGAACACAGGUCUUCCAGGACAGAGAGGAUCUCAUCAGGUAUGCAACUGCUGUUCAUCUGUCAAAUGAUAUAGCCACUGCAAUGCUAAAUGGGAACUGGGAAGAAGCUAAUAAUCUCUAUUUGUGUGCUAAAGAAGCCUGGAGCGAACUGAAGAAUCACCCCUCUUUGAGCUAUCACAGAAUUUUACCUGAUUACCUGCGACGUUUCACAGUUGGCUGGGUGUACACAAGAAUCCUUUCUCAAGGAGUUGAAAUUCUGCAGAGGCUUCACAAGUAUAAGGAAGCAGUGCAGCAGCUGCAGAGCCUCCUGGCCCAGGAUGUGUACUGUGCUGACAGCAGAGGGAGAUGGUGGGAUCGACUGGCUCUGAAUUUACAUCAGCACCUGAAAAACACUAAGAAGGCCAUCGGCUGCCUCCGGCGGGGGCUGGCGGACCCGGCCGUGCGCACCGGGCACCGCCUGUCCCUGUGCCAGCGCGCCCUGCGCAUCCGGGACUCCCCCAGCUGCCAGCACCUCCAGGGCCUGCUGCAGGACCUGCCCCUCCUCACCGUGCACGAUGUGCCUCACGUUACAAUCAGUGGAAAGAUGUGUCCUCAGACAGGAAUGGGAAAAUCCGUGUUUCUCAUGGAGGAUAUUGAUGAUGGAGGAGGCCAAGACUGCAGUGUAUCCACAGUCAUGUGCUCAGUUGAGGAGCUGGCAUUAACUCAUUACAGGAAGAAUGGUUUCGAUCAAGGUAUUCAUGGGGAAGGCUCAACGUUUAUUACACUGUAUGGGAUUCUAAUGUGGGAUAUCAUUUUCAUGGAUGACAUACCUGAUGUGUUCAGAAAUUCCUAUCAGACAUCCCCCCUGGAUUUAUACACUGACAGCUUCUAUGAGAACAGGAGGGCUGUCAUUGAGGCCAGACUCCAGCAGCUUCACACAGCUUCCUCAGAGACACUGGCAGAGUUGGUUGCUGACGUCUGGACAACUCAGGAGGGAAAAGCAGCAGCCCUGGUUAACUGGGGACGUUUUAUUUCCCUCCAGCAAGUCCAGAGCCUGGUCUCUUGCCUUGGAGGAAGGUUCCUGAGCGGUGUUUUCCGGCGGCUUUCCAGGGACCUGCGGCACUGCCGGGGGGGCCUGCCCGACCUGCUCGUGUGGCGCUCCCACAGCCGGCACUUCAAGCUGGUGGAGGUGAAGGGCCCCAACGACCGCCUGUCUCCCAAGCAGAUGCUGUGGCUGAGCGAGCUGCACCAGCUGGGGGCUGCCGUGGAGGUUUGUCAUGUACAGGACGUUGGAGGCAAGAGCAAACGCCUCAGCUGACACAGGUUGGAUCAUGUGGGGAACUCAGGUGUUCGUAAAGGAAUGGGUAGCACACACCAAUGGCUGCUGCUGCUUAUUAAAAAUAGUUUCUUCUAAAA